AUGGGUCAUGGAUAUACACAUCCAACAUAUCAUGCUCUGUGUGUUAGAUUGUUAAGAGAUGCCAAAAAGUCAGUGGAGUUGAUUGUUGAGGAUUAUAGAAAAUGUUGGAAGGACUCAGGAUGCACAAUUAUGACAGAUGGUUGGAUGGAUGGUAGACAAAGGUCUUUGAUCAAUUUUUUAGUCUCUUGUCCUAAAGGGAUUACAUUGGUCAAGUUUUUUGAUGCUUCGGGUUUCAUCUUAGAUGCUUCAACAUUGUGCAACAUGUUUUAUGAGAUUUUUGAGUGGACGGGUGUUGACAAUGUUGUUCAACUUGUGACUGAUAAUGGAGCUAACUAUAAAGCUGCUGAUAAAUUAUUGAGUGAAAAGUAUAUGAACAUUAUUUGGUCUCCAUGUGCUGCACAUUGCAUCAAUUUGAUUUUUAAGGACAUUUGUGAGAUGCCUUUGAUGAAAAUGAUAGCUACUUUGGGAUCUAAGAUUACUAUCUUUGUGUACAAUCACAAAUUGACUUUGAAUUGGUUGAGGGUAGACUUGGAAGCAUUGGUCGUAUCUCAAGUUUACUCAAAGUAUUUGAAGAUAUCGAAGGGUAUAGAAGUGAAACAAAUUGUAUUGAAUUAUAAGUUUUGGACCAAUGUUGUGAUUGCUGUGAAAUUGAUGGCUCCAUUGAUGCGUCUAUUGAGAAUUUGUGACGCUGAUGAUAAUCCUGCAAUGGGAUAUGUUUAUGAAGGCAUGCUUAGAGCACUAUCUUUGUUACUAGAAAGUCCACCACAAAAUUAUAUGGACAUGGACAUAGAUCUAUCUUGUAAGUCUCACUCUUACAUUGUCGUUGGAGAAGCUCUGACAGCAGACUUGUUCAAGCAACAAAGCUGA